GGCACUUGGCGGCGAGGGGAGGGUGGGCCGCGGCGAUCCGGAGCGAGCCGGGUCGAGUUGGGGAGCCGGGAGCGGGGCGCAGCGCCGCGAUGGAGCGGGGAGCAGCCGGCGCCUUCCCCGGUGCCGGCGGGGAGGAGGCAGCGCCUGAGGCUUCCCUAAAACAAACAAGCAGAGCAUUUGGAAGGAAACCUACGAUUGAAUAUUCAGCACUUCCUUUACCUUGGGUAAAAGUUGAUAGAUGUUCCCACUUGUUUUGGAAAGGUUUCUAGCCAAGCACGAAGGAUGAGAUUUGACACUGCUAAAGUAAAACAUCAGGAGUAUUUCUGAACCCCUGCUACAUAGCCAAGGCUGAGUCAAAGCUGUGAGCCAAGUGCCUCCCCGAGUCCCGUUUAAAUGGAGUAGUUGCCUUCAGUCCUUUGAAAGGACAGAGCUGAGCCCGCUGUUUGAUUUGGAAGGGCAGUGAGGUGGGACAACAGUGUGCUUGAGCUGGAGCCACGAGACUGGGAACUAAGUUGCCCCCUGGAGUGAAAAACCUCUGGUUCUGAACAUCUGGGGCACUGCUCUGGCUUCUUGGCUGGGCAUUCCCUUCAACUCCUGUGCUGAAGCUGUGCCACUCGUGCCAGAAAAUCUUGGGGCUGCAUUGAGAAGGCAAAGGCAAGAGGGAGCAUGAUACUGUGCCCUGUAUAGGUGGUGCUAUAUAGCUUGCUUCUCAUACAGUGAAAAUGAGGAUGAAAGAUCAUGAAUGAAUAUGGUAAUGGAAUGGGUAUCCCUCUGCCACUUCCGUAAUUUUAUCCAAGCCAACUGACUGACUCUCCAGUCAAGCUCCAGAUGUGUUUGUUUGAGUAGCCCUGACCUCCCUAUGGGCUCAACAAAUGUGUCAUGAAAUGGCAUUGCUCACUGGGAAUGCAGAUCCUGAGUUCAGCUCCUACUCCUUCAAUAACUUGGAAAAUCUGUGUGAAGUGCAAACCAAGAAAGGAUUCUUCUACAAAAAGGCCAAACUCCUGCACCCUGGGGAAGACUUGUGCUGCUUAGCCCGCCUGGAUGACCGGACCAGGUUUGUGAUCAUCAACGUAGGUGGUAUUAAAUACAAAGUUCCAUGGACCACCUUGGAGAACUGCCCCUUGACCAGGCUUGGGAAGCUAAAAUCUUGCAACAAUUAUGAUGAGAUCAUGAACAUCUGCGACGAUUAUGAUGUUAGCUGCAAUGAAUUUUUUUUUGACCGUAAUCCUAGUGCCUUCAGGACGAUCAUGACUUUCCUGACAGCUGGGAAGCUGAGGCUUCUCAGGGAGAUGUGCGCUCUUUCUUUUCAGGAGGAGCUUGUGUACUGGGGGAUAGAAGAGGACCACCUGGAAAGGUGCUGUAAAAAGAGAUUGCGACAGAAAGAGGAGGAGGCAGCUGAGGCCAGGCUGUAUGAAGGGGAGAUGGUAUUUAGUGAAACUACGCAAUGUGCCUUCCAGGACAAUAGCCGAUUGAGUUUGUGCAUGCGAAAGCUCAGGGAUAUGGUGGAGAACCCCCACUCAGGGAUCCCAGGAAAGAUCUUUGCUUGUAUUUCAGUCUCUUUUGUUGCCAUCACUGCAGUCAGCCUCUGCAUCAGCACCAUGCCAGAUGUCAGAGAAGAAGAAGAUCGGGGUGAAUGCUCACGGAAGUGCUAUGACAUCUUUGUGCUGGAGACGGUGUGCGUGGCAUGGUUUUCAUUUGAGUUCCUGCUGCGAUCCAUCCAGGCAGAGAACAAGUGCGCUUUCCUGAAAACCCCGCUCAACAUCAUCGACAUCCUGGCCAUCUUGCCUUUCUAUAUCUCUCUCAUUGUGGAUAUGGUCUCCACGAAAAACAGCAGCAAGCCUAGUGGGGGAGCUGGGAACAAGUACUUGGAACGAGUGGGCCUGGUGCUGCGCUUUCUGCGGGCUCUGCGCAUCCUGUACGUGAUGAGGUUGGCACGGCACUCGCUGGGGCUGCAGACGCUGGGGCUCACUGUGCGCCGGUGCACCAGGGAGUUCGGGCUCCUCCUGCUCUUCCUUUGCGUCGCCAUGGCCCUCUUCUCGCCGCUGGUGUACUUGGCUGAGAGCGAACUAGGAGCCAAGCAAGAAUUCACAAGUGUCCCCACCAGUUACUGGUGGGCUGUGAUCUCCAUGACAACUGUUGGCUAUGGCGACAUGGUGCCUCGUAGCAUCCCCGGACAGGUGGUAGCCCUGAGCAGUAUCUUGAGUGGGAUUUUGCUGAUGGCUUUCCCAGUCACGUCCAUCUUUCAUACCUUUUCCCGUUCCUACAGUGAGCUGAAAGAGCAGCAGCAGCGAGCAGCAAGCAGGCAGAUGUGCCAGCUAGAAGAGAGCACCAAACUCCCAGGUGGUGACAGUACACAGGGGCUCGGUGUCACAUUCCCACCAAAUGCUACUGGGCAGGACGGUCAGCCCGUGGUCGACCAGGAAGCCAAGAGAAGUUGUUGACUCUGAACAGCUGAAGACAUAUUUAGCAGCACAAGAAGCAGUGGACAAGGGGGGGUCAGUUCUGCAAGCAGAUCUUCCUGAACUGCAUAAAUGAGGGUCAGACACACACAAGGUUGUCACUAAAGACCAACUUUUGAUCUCACGGGCCCCCUGAAAAGUGCCCCUAGAAUCUCUACCAAGUACAGCUCUGCUCCAUCGCUUUUCAUAGGGCUUUUCUUUUCUUUUGAGCAAGUAUUUUUGGCAACCCCCAAGGAGCAGCUGUUGAACGUAGCCAGCCAGGAGAACGUAAGGUGAAGCACAGCCUGUGCCGGGGUGCCAUUCGGCAGAGCAGCCAACAUGCCGCCUCCUCCCUGCUCGGUGACACUCCGCGAGCGAGGGGCUGAACAAGGGGGCUCCCCGUGCUGCAGUGCCCUGUGUACGGGGUUUGUUUCAGCAGCUCUGCCAAGGAACGCGAACCUCAGACAAGCCAAGGUGUGAGGGCAAGAAAAGGGCAGAAACAUCACUUCAGCUUUCCCAGGGGCUUGGGUUUGUCUGUUUUACAGAUCAGGCAGCGCAGCCGGGGCUGCCAGCUUUAACUUGUGCGCUAGCGCAGUAUGCAUUAUUUAGUAAAUACACAUUAUUUACCACCCUAAGCUUUGUAUCUUAGCCCCAUGACAGACAUAUACAUAGACAAUCUUCCUGACUAUGGUACUGAAUGUUAACUUGUUGGUUUUUUUUUCCUUUGCUAACAGUUGAAUAUAACAAAUAUCUUUACAAAUCAUGCCAUUUUGCCACUUUCUGUUAACUAUUUCCAUCUCUCAUGUAUCAAAAAAUGUGUUCAACAGACAACUAAAACCGAACUACACACAGCCCAAGAAGGGGAGGGUGAUGUGAAACGAGCAGCGUCUCCCAGCUCUUCAUACUCCUCCUCAGCAGUGGUGGCUGCAUUGACUGCUGUCAUGUGCAAAGAGGAGCAGCCCAAACCCAGUGAAGUCAAUGAGACACCUUCAGUGGGCUCUGGCCCGAGCUGCGGCGCAGCAGCUCUGCCCUAUGUUAGGAGUAGGUGUUUUUGUUGUGGUUUUUUUUCUUUACCCUACUAAGGAAAAGGCGAUCCUGUCAUCUAAAAAUGGGAAUUAUUGCUCUGGCUCUUUUUCCUAAUUCUCAAGAGAUUUAAGUCAAUUUAAAGGGAAAAUGAACCAUAUGGUGGCGUCGGCUUGUUUGUGUACUGAUGCCAGCCCCCUGAGCUCUCCAGCCCGCUCCCCAGAGGGGCUGUGCAGCUGCUCCAAGUUAGCAGCUGUGUGGGCCUUUCAGUGCUCCUACAGGUAGGAUAUGAUCAGGGGACGGAGGGAAAUGGAGCACAACUCUUGUACCUGUGCCCCCGUUUGUAUUAAAGCCAUGCAGUGUAACCCUCCGUAUUCUCGUCCUGCCAGAAAGAGAAAAAAAGCAUUGAAGAUGGGUUUGGGGUUUUUUUGCCUCAGCAUAUGUCAUAACACCAAUCCUACAUUAGCAAACUCCCAUAUUAAGCCAUUCCUUAUAGGAAUGGAGCAAGGGAAAAUAAAAGGUUACACUUUAUUUUAAUAAAAAUUAGAAGCUUUGUUGCUGAAUGCUCGCCCCCUGGUGAUUGGGGGGUGGGAGGGAGGUGUGUUUCGCCGUGCUGAUGUGAAGCCAUGUGUGCGGGUGCUCCAGCCAAGAUCCCAUGCCCCUGGCCCUCUCCGGCCCAUAGCCAGGCCAGCCAGUGCCGAGCAGCACAGCAGGGUCACUGGGCUUGGAGCAGCAGGUGUGUUACACACACACAGUUUGCUGGUGGGUGCUGCAAGAGAUGGAGGCAGCAAAACUGAGCCCCCCUGCCUUGCAGGCUGCAUCUGGGUCUCCAGACCCCCAGCUGCAUUGAACUACAAGCAAACCAAACACAGCUGCAUGCGCCGGGGCUCUGCCUGUCCUUCACAGACCACCAGCACCACCGGGAGCACGUCCGCGCCUUGUGCCAGGAGAGGAGGGCCAAGGGCCGGUGGAUGGUGCGUGGGCUGACUCAGACUCCUGGCAAAGCAAUACCAGCACUGAGUUGCUGUGACUCAUGAGAGAUUUUUAAUUUUAUUAUUUUUUUAACCCUGAGGCAGGCAUUUCUUGCAUUAAGGCAUAUUAAGGUUUGGCAUCAGGGAUACGGCUUUGCAGCCGGCUAAAUGCAAACCAGCAGAGUGAGUGGUGUGUGGGGGUAAAGUGUGGCGAGGCACCGAGGGGCAGCAGAGCAUUUUAUGGUGGCAUUCGGAUACUCAGUCUUCAGAUGGGACCCAGCGGAUUCACCAGGUGAACACACAAGUUCACCUUUCACAGUACUUUGGUUUCUGCACACCAGGUACUGUUUAGUGCUAUAUCUGUGGUGUGAAUGCAGUGAUCAUGCACAGAGGAUGCAGAAUACAUCUCCUCGAGGUGGUGAGGCCCAUCAGUGAUCAGCAGCAUUGGCCUACUCUUAGUUGGAGUAAACAUCCUUGCAGAAUUAAGAGUUUCACACUUGCAAUGCUAGCAAAUAACCAUGAAUGAAUGCCACUUUUGACCCCGCAGCAUGAAAAAAACAGGACCGGGACAGCUAACUGCAGCUCAGCAGCUGUGUAGGAAAACAGAGUGAUGACACACACCGUAUUAUUGCUGUGCUCCAUCAAGUUCCUAUUGUCCUACAAUAGUGAGUUCUUUAUAUUUUUCAAAGGGCACAUAAUUAAUUCCAGCACGCACAGAGUUUUAAUAAAGUGACAAAACCCGCUCAUUAUGCCUGCUAGUCAAGGCCUGGCAUUUAAUAAGUUUCAUUUUAUCUGUUGAGAUGACAGAUUAAGAAACAAAUAUAAAACAGGAACCUUUUAAACAAAUUAUUUUUGGAAGCUGUAUUAAGUUGCAAUGCACACAUUGGCAGACAUAAAAGAUACCCAGAGGAGAGCAAGUUUCACGCAGCAUAGCUGUUGUUACGGGUGAUGCUUAUUACUUUUGAUCAGCCACUGGAGAAGUGUUGGUUUUGUUGUGUAUGGUGGUUGUUAUUUUUUCUUUGACACAGCACACUCAUGAUUUAAGGCCAUUUAGCUCUAAUUAUAAUAAAUGCCACACUGCUGUUUGCAUGUGUGCCGGUACCAGAGGGUAGUUACACCUGUUUCUUUGAAACACAAUCUAGUGCUUCAUGAUUGUAGCACAUUGGUUUUGCCCCAAGGAAAAAAAUAUUCUUCUUUGCUAUGGGACAGAAACUCAAAACGCAUGUGAGCAAAGCUGCGUCUUCUACAUGGCCAUCUUGGUGGCAGCAUCCAUGGGCCUGGGCAUACAAAUUCUGGCAGUCGGCAACAACAGUCAUCUGAAAACUGUAACUAUGUUUGAGAGCUAAGGAUGCAGUAACUGGUAAAGGCACAGAGUAAGAGGGAAUGGCACAAAGUCAAACACAACUCCUUCUGCUCACACAGCACAUGUGCACAGCCAUCUCCUACUUCAUAGCAACCUCAGUUAUGAAGGAGCACUAAUUGUAAGAAAAACAUGACACUGGUGUCCUCCCCUCAGCACUAAGCCAGAUGGGGGCUGCUGUCUCACACUGAUGGGGACAGAACAGGCACCGUCUACAGCAGCCUCACAGCAGAUGCUUCACGGGGGCAAAGUACCCUUGGCUCUCAGAGGGCUUAGUGCCUACAAGCUACAGCCUUAGAAGAGGACAAAGCUUUGGGGCGGAAGAGGAAAGAAGUGGAUGGAGGGGCUGAUGGGCAAAGAAAUCCAGCAUGGUUCUGAUGGCCCAUCUGAGGCUGAGCAAAGCCCCUUGGUCUUCCAGCACAGCUAAGCCAGCACCUAUGAGAGCCAAAUCCAUGUAAACUGGGACACAGAAGGGGCAGGGUGUGGGGUCUGAAGGCCUAUGUCUGUGUUUGCUGUCAGGGCAUUUCCAGAUGCUGUCGUCCGCUUGGGACCUGGCUGAUUUACAAUGCUGUUUACAGGGAGAUCUGCCCCUGCUCCAACGUGUGCCUCACAUUUUGUUCUAGUCCAUGCCUCUUAUUUACAGCUGCUGGCACAGGUAUCCAGGCAGUUUAUUUAUUGGCAUAUUGUUGACUUACACAUUAAUGUCUUCUUUCUGUUACAGAAAGCCACCAAAAAGCUACAGCCAUCAGUCAGGCCCUUGAAGCCUUCCAGUCAGGCCCUUGAACUCAAGCCUAAGCUAAGGAUCACAACCAAAUUUAACAAACAGCAGCUGUGGGCCAACUUUUGCUUUACUACCCAGUGCCGAAUUUGAGCUUUGCCUCUUAAAAGUCUUAAAAUGUUGUAGUUGCAUCUAACUACGUAUGUCAAUACAUGCAGCCAAACCCCUCAUCAUGAAAUGUGUCUCUAUGGCGCCGCAGGGCAGAGCACAGCCUGCCCUGCACUGUCCUCAGGCCAGGACCAGGGCUGCAGCCUCCAGAGGUGGCCGGGAGACCUCCCCUUUACUGAAGGGGCUCCACAUGGUUUCAUUUAGGGCCAGUCCCACCAUUAGCUUCUCCUCAGUGAGUGACAGAGCAGCAGCCGGUAACACCAAUACUAUUUGGGAUAGAUGGUACAACCACUGUGAGCAAUGAGCAGGCUCGGCUCUUGUGGGGACUGCUUGGUCCCUGUGGUCUCCACUGCCCGCAGACUGUAACAGAGCUGGCAGGUUUUACUCACCACCCUCGUUUUCCUCGUCCUUUAUCCCCACUUCACUGAUUUACCUACCUUUGCCC